AUGUUAAUUUAUAAGAAAGCAACUCCUUAGGGUAUAUGAUAUUAUGAAUUAUAAAUAGAACUAUAAAAAUAUAGGGAUGAUCAAGUAAAAAACUGGAAAAAGGAGAAGGAUUUACAAAGAUUAUCAGAAAGCUAAGUCAACUAAAUGUUAGAUUUAUUUCUUUUAUUUGCAAGUCAACGUACAUUUACAAUAAGAGUAUGAUUUUAUAUGAUAUGAAGACUAAAGAUGUUGAAGCUUAAAAUACACUCUUGAGAGUUAAUGAAGAGUCCACUCUAUUUUAAAAUGUAUUAUCAAAAAUGAUUCUUAUUGAUGAAGAUUUAAAUUUUAUCAAUUUCUUGAAGCUCUAUUUAUAAAGCAUUGUAUAUAUAAUGGCAAAUCUAUAUAGGGGGAAGCACAAUAAGAGGAAUAAUUAAAACAAUUAUUUACAACAUUGACUGCAAAAGGGACAAUCACUUUAGAAGAUUUAAAGAAACUGGCUUAAGAGUUGGAUCACUAUCAUCUUAAAGAGGAAGACUUAAAUGAAAUUAUGAAAGUAAUAUCUGCCAAUGGAUAAGAAAUUACAUAGGAAGAUUUUAUAAGAUUUUAUACACAGAUAGUGAAAAGUUAAAGAUAAUUAUGAUAAAAAUUAUAUAUAGGUUUAGUACAUAAUAAAUAAACUAUUACACUAUUCUUGAACUCAAUGCAACAUGCACCUAGAAACAGAUCAAAUAAAACUAUCUAAAAUUGGCCAAAAUCUAUCAUCCUGAUAUUUAUAAGGGAAAUGAUACCAAUAGGUGAAAUUUAAUAAUCAUUUUUAGAUUCAAACUCAUUUAGGAAGCUUAUAAUACACUUAAAACUCCAGAAAAAAGACAAUCAUAUGAUCAAACAAUUUUUAAGGAAAGAGCAUUUGCAAAUUAAGAAAGAUCUGAAAGUAGUGAAUCUGAAGAAACUACAUAGAAGAAUGAAUACACAGCAAAAUAAACUAAAGAUGGAAUUAAUUUUACUUUCACAAAAAAGGAAUAUAAGGAAGCAACUGAGGAAAAGACUGUUGAAGAAGAAUUUAGGAAAUUUAUGUAGGAACCUUUAAAAAUUAAUCCAGAAGAAGUCAAAGUUUAUGAAAAUGUUGUUGCUAGACAAAUGACAAAAGAACAUAAGGCUUAAGAUGAAUUCAUUAUUGCUAAAGAGAAUAAAUGGAAGAUUUUCUUUUUUUAAGCACAUUAGAUUGGGUAUGCCUAAUAAGUUAAGGAAUAUAUUAAAGGUAUAAAUUAAUAAUGGGAAUAAAAAAAGAAUGAUACUGAAGAGAUGAGAUAAUUAAAAAGAUAAAUGUAAAAGCGUAUUGCUAAUGUAAUAUUAUUUAUAUUAUUAUUUUUAGACUAUUUUCUUCAUUUUUAUUGGACUUUCUUUACCAUUCUUUUAUUCAGCUUUAGCAAGAAGAUAAGAAAUAGAUAAAGAUUUUAAAGAGGAUUUAGAUUUUCUUUAUAAAGUAGCAGAUCAAAUGGAUUAUUUAGAAAUAUCAACUAGGUUUGUAUAUUGA